AUGGCCGCGCAGGUGCUCGACAGCAAAGCCGCACUCCGGCAGCGCGGCACGCCGGCCACGCUGCCCCCCGAAUACGCCGAGGGCGACUACAUCGAGCUCGGCGGCCUCUCGACGCCCCGGACGUCCACCGAGUCGCUCCCGGCCUACGACGAGGCCGUGUCGCCGCAGCCCUCGUCGGCCGCUGGCCUCCGGCCAACGCACACCUACCAGGUCGAGUCCGCGGGCCACGCACUCCUCGCGCUGCCCCUUGCGCCUCGCCCGUGGCCCAUCGGCGUCUUCGCCGUGCAGCCGGACGGCUCCCUCGGCCCGCUGGCGUACCAGUCGCUCCGGCACGCGCGCUGCUCCGGCGACAGCGUGCUCGUCCGCGCCGACCUUGGAGCGGGUCACGGGGGUCGGGGCGGCGGAGCGGCGGACGAGGGUCGCGCAGCUCGUGAGGAGCGAGGCGCUGCGCACGCCGGGGACAACGAGGGCCACGGCUGGCAACGGCGGCCGCCUGCUGAUGGACCUGGGUGA